AUGUACGAGUUUCUCAAUUCCUCUCCCACUCCACAGCCUCUAUCCCCUCAUUUGACCUUGAAACAAUCCUCUUCAUGCGUUACCAUCAAUUCCUACACCUCGUGUGACAAAAGUGAAGAGAAGGAGGCUUCAAACACAGCCACGGCUUCACCCAGCACGCCUUCCCGCGCCGUCCAACUCCUCCGUCUGGGCCUGUUUUCUUCCCCUUCCUCGAACAAUGUUGACCGAAGUUCUUCACCAUCUAGCAAUGCCCGCACUCGAGGCCAGUUCAAACCGCAACGUACCAACAAGGGAACCUCAAGCUAUCAGCUGAGACAAUUCGCCGAAGCGACCCUGGGAAGCGGCAGCCUGAGAAAGGCUGUCAAAUUGCCCGAGGGAGAAGAUCUGAACGAGUGGCUCGCAGUGAACGUGGUCGAUUUCUACAAUCAGAUCAACCUGCUUUAUGGAUCAAUCACAGAAUUCUGCUCACCACAAUCUUGCCCAGAGAUGAAAGCCACUGAUGAGUUCGAAUAUCUUUGGCAAGACGCCGCAACCGGCUUCCCCAAGCCCACUAAAAUGCCAGCCCCGGAAUACAUUGAACAUCUCAUGACCUGGGUGCAGUCGAAUAUCGACAACGAGAGCACUUUCCCCUCCCGAAUCGGCGUCCCCUUCCCCAAACAUUUCCCCUCGACCGUACGACAACUCUUCAAGCGUCUCUACCGCGUGUACGCACACAUCUAUUGCCACCAUUAUCAAGUCAUUGUGCACCUCGGGCUGGAGCCGCACCUGAACACGAGUUUCAAGCACUUCGUGCUAUUCGUGGACGAACACGGUCUCGAAAAGGGCGGGGGCAAGGAUUACUGGGGGCCUCUUGGGGAUUUGGUGGAGAGCAUGUUGAAGAGUGAUUGA